AUGGCUGAAUUGUAUCAGGAAGGAAUGUGCAAGCCAGAUCCCCGUAUCUACAAGCUCUGCUUGGAGCGCUUCGGUGUUCAGCCCCAGGAAUCCAUCUUCUUCGACAACAGCAGCCAGAAUCUAAAGGCAGCAGCCCAGCUUGGCAUUAAAACGGUGAAGGUACAAAGCAACGCAACCAGGGUGGGCUUUGGAAGUAGCACUCAAAGAGGUUUUCCUUUGUAAGGGUUUGUUCCAUAUACUUUUCCAGUGAGACCAAGCAUGGAAAUCCCAAAAGAUUGUCUGUAAAAGUAUCUUGAAAAUGUUCUCCGUGACCACGCAACAAGCCCACUAGUGUUACGGCGGUUUGACCACAGACAGUCUACCCAGACCUUUUUUGUCAAGUUUGGAGAUCGCUUGCUAGUGCUGAAGAAGGAGCCCUCCGACAGCCUGUGCCCCUCCAGCCCCGCUGUCAGAAGGGAAUACAGCUUUCUGACUCUCCCUGGCAGGGUACUGAAAGGACUCUCUGAGGCUGGUGUUCCUCCUCCCACUGUACUUGCUCUCUGCGAGGACAGAAGGUAUUUUGGCACACCUUUCUACCUGAUGGAGCACUGUGCUGGCCGUGUCUGCAGGGACGUCUCCCUCCCUGUGCUGCAGCCUAGCGAGCAGAGAGCUAUUUACACUGCCAGUCAAGUCCUCCCCAAGAUCCACAGCGUAGACCUCACAGCAGCCAAGCUGGAGGACCUCAAGGAGCAUGGUAAUUACAUUCAGCGGCAAGUUGAGACCUGGACAAAGCAGUAUCGAGCUAUGGAAACUCAUGUUAUCCCAGCGAUGGAGAGACUCAUUGAGCGGCUGCCUCUGCAUUUUCCCGAAUCUCAGAAAACGCCAGACGUGCAUGGUGAUUUCAGGAUAGACAACCUGGUCUUUCAUCCAGACAGGCCAGAAGUCCUUGCUGUCCUGCUUUCAGCUCUUGGAGAUCCCAUCUCUGAUUUGGCAAAUAACCGUAUGGCCUGGUUCCUGCCACCUCACGUUGAUGCACUGAGAG